CUGGAAGAAGGCUCGGAUGCUCCCUCUGCUGCACUGUAUACACCGGAUGUUUGCCUCCCAGACUGAGGGGGAGCUCAAGGUGACUCAGAUUCUCAAAGAAAAGUUUCCCCGAGCCACAGCUAUCAAAGUCACAGACAUCUCAGGAGGCUGCGGGGCGAUGUACGAGAUUAAAAUUGAGUCAGAAGAAUUUAAAGAGAAGAGGACUGUCCAGCAGCACCAGAUGGUCAAUCAGGCACUAAAAGAAGAGAUCAAGGGGAUGCACGGCCUUCGGAUAUUUACCUCUGUCCCCAAGUGCUGACGGCGCCCCAGCCACGUGACUGCUGAUGCUGGAAACCUCGAGUGCGCUUCGAGCUCAGCCAUCUUCCAGGAAAAUCCCUGCCAAAAAAUGUAUCUAUUUUUGUUCAUAGACAUUUAUGUAUUAUAAUUAUAGGAGAUGUGUUAUCUAUCUAGAGGUUAAUUAAAGACCACAGAUGCCUACUGCUCACA